GGAGCCUCCUGCGGCCUCCUGGAGCGAGCCUGGGGCUCGGAGCCGGGACGAGGGCAGCUCCCGGAGCCCCCCCCUUCACGCCAGGAGCCCCCGGUGCCCCGGUUCCCGGCAGGGGCAGCUCCCGGCGGAGCCCAGCGGGAGCGGGCGCCUGGCUUCUCCCCCCUGAGGGGGAGCACGGAGCUCCCCUGGGGGCCGCGGGCAGCUGCAGGGCUCUGCCCAUGACUAACGCGAAGGACCCGAAGAGAGCCAUGGAUUCCUCGUCGGCGACCUCCAGCCCUGCAGGCCCCGUCACCUUCUCGCAAGUUUUUGGGCAGCAGUGCCAGCUUAUGGAAGCAGCUGUGGAGUCACUGCACUCCUUGAACGACCAGAUCUCCCAUUUUAUUGUGAACAAGUCAAAAACGCUGGAUGAAGACGAAGAUGCCUUUCUGCCCAGCGAGAAGGAAUCUCUGAAAAGUGCCAUGAUGCUGAUGAGGCACCUCUUAAUGGAUGCACAGGCUGAGAUUUGACUUGGGAGACUCUUGAGCACAAAGUCGGACUUCUUCCUUUGGCUGGAAGCGUGGAUGGAAUUUAAAGCAGGUGGGGAAGGAUGCCAUAAGAGCUCCUGCUGUUUCUCACCUUUAUUGUGCUACACGCCUGGUGUAGAAGGAUGCAUCGCUGGUAUUUGAGAUGAGCUGCAUGGAGGGAGAGACCCACAGAGGCCAACAGAUUCCUAUGCUCACCUGAGUUCAGAAAGCACACAGAAGAACAGGGGAACAAAAUUAAAAGUAGUACAAUAAGGGAGAGGGGUUUACACAUCUCUGGCUUAGAAAAUGAACAUUAACAUUGAGGCAUUCUGGACACACCAACAGGAUGUCUGAUACGCUUAGCAGUAGCUUCGUGGAGCAAUCAUGGAUUUGAUGGACAAGCAAUGGUGCUAUAUGUGCUGCAGCAGAUGGCCUCAGUGUUUUAUUUUUUUCUGGUGGGCACUGAACAUGUGUGGCUGAAGCCAAGCGAGCGCGCAGCGUUAACGUGCUCCCCUUGAGCACCACUGAGUGCCCAGCCUGGGAAGCAAUUGGGAUUUCCUCAUACCUCCUAACAGAAACCUCGGUCCCUAACACAAACCUUCUGCUGGAGGAGAUGUGGGAGGCACUUUGGGGGAUGUGGGAGCAAGCGUGUACACGCAGGGGUGGUAAUAAUAUGCCUGGUGAAGGCUUCAUGUGCUCUGCCUAACCCUUUGUUUGCCCUCGCUCUGAAUCAGCUCAGGAACACCAGCCGUCAGUUUAAUGAAGGGGAAGGAGGCAGCGUAAAGCGAGCCGAGAGCAACCGUGGGGCUGCUGUUUGAUGUUGCUUUUCGUUUCUGCUUUCCCAAGAGAAGGAACUCUCAAAGGUGGCUUUGUGGCGGCUGGCUUCGACAGCACCUUGCACCCGCUGCCGUGUGCUCGCAGCAGCCUCGGCCCCGGCGUGGUGCCACUCGCCAGAGCUCAGCCUUGCUUUGCCCACUGCAGCGAGCUGCUUGGUCCUCUGCAUCGCUCCCCGCUCUGCUUGGUGUCUCUCGGCACAGGGUUGUGACUCCAAGGAUGCAAAGCAAGCCAUUGCCUGCUCCCUCAGGGUGAACAGCCAGUUUUCGCACCAAAAAAUGACUUGCAGGUCUCUUCUAAGCCGAGUUUUCUCCUUUUAAUUGAAAGUAACCUUUUUUACUCCACCUCUGACCGACUCCAUCUCUGACUGCCUUGUCAUUUUAUGUUAUUUGUAGUCUUCAAUAUUUUUUCUUCCUUUCCCUUUCUCUAUCCUCACUCUAAGUGGAAAAGUUUCAGUUUAUUGGGAGUUUUCAUGCCAGCUCCUUCAGUAAAUGGAGCUAACACUGUUCAGGUGUUUGAUUUCUGCCUAGAGCUGACGGAAAUCACACUGCUCCCAUUAUUUUUUGCUGGCUACCACGUUGCUGGUCAUAUUUCUUGGCUUCUGACCUCCCGGUCCAGCACUACCUGGGCCAUGGUCUCUCAUUUGGGAGCCACCUCUCCAAGUGGAGAAUUCCAGUAUAGGUCUCACAUGCUGGCAGGAUCACCCAGGUGCCACAGGUCUUUUCUUCCUGCCAAAUCUCAUCUCACUGGGAGCUUUUUUUUCUUCUCUUAAACUAUUAUAACAAAUCCUAUCGAUCUGAAGUAUAAAAAUCAUUGUUUCCAAGCACGUUGCAUCCGAUGGUGUAAGAACACUCAGUAAUGAAACUUUUUAGGUCAUUAGUUCAUAAUGAUCCUUAAAAAAAAAAAUCUCCUCUGUGGAAGUACUAAGAGGCUAUUAAGUUGUAGUUAUUGACUCGGUGGACCACAUGAGAUUCAAUCUAAUGGGGCAAAACAAAGCUCAAAAUAUGUUCCCAAAUAUUUAUUGCUCACCUCCGGCGUUGUUACUGUUCUCCCAAGUAAAUAAUUUGGCCAAUUGCACGUUUCCAGAUACGCGCUGCUGUCGCACAAAAAGCACAUGUGAAAACUGCUGAUUACAGCCGAAGAAGGCUUUUUAUCCAGAAAAUCCCCCUCAGUGAGGAACUGUUACAAUGCCAUUAACCCCGCAGCCUGUGAACGCCCUGCCUCCGCGUGUUUGGGUGCAGCAGGGUAAUUCCUGGCUGCCGGCGCCAGUUGCCAAUUUCUUCUCUGAGGCUAACUCUCAGCACCUCGCCAUUCUGUGCAGCAGGACUUUCCUCCCUGAGUAGGAGAAGAGAAUCUCAUCGCACCCAGGAAGUUUAUAAGGUGAAACUUGCAUAAAUUGAAUAUGCUUCCUAAUAGCCAAAAUACCCCCGGUCUUGCUGCCUGCAGGCUGGGGACUCUCUGCUUGUCCUUUCCCCAAUAAAAAUUAUUUCCGCCAUGCAGUAAUAAGCAUCCUGGAUAUCAAUGAAUGUUAAUAAGUAGUAUUAAAGAUGAUCUGCCCUGGGGAUAAAAAAAAUAAAUGAAUCGUGCAAUUAUUUGGUCUGACACUUUUUUUUCCCCGAUUUUCUCAUGUCUGCAUGUGUUGCCCACGUGCCUGGAGACCCCCAGGAGGGAUGCUUCAUCCCCUGUAGCCAGCAUGGCUUCAGCACCUGGCCAUUGCUCCCUGAUUCACUUUUUUUUUUUCCUGUGAAAGUCCUUAAAAAUCCUAUUCCAAUCCCUCCUUGGCCUUCCUGGCAUAAACUGAGCAGCUCAAAUUAUUUGCGUAUUGGUGACUGCGAAGCCCAAUUUACGGGAUCAGGCCCUGCAUUCCCCAUCCCUUCCUUCCCAACACAUCCGUCUCAGGGCACCGUGUGCCUGCUGGUGAUCUUCUGGGUGGGUGAGCAGGGUGGUGCAUUAAGAAACCAGGGAUCGAUGCCCUGUGUAAAUGCCUGAGGAUCAACCUUUCCCUUUGUGUGUUUGUACAUACAGAUUAAGUGUGUUGCAAUAAAUCAAUGUGCGCCGUUCGUACGGGGGUGCUGGAGGUUUCUCCGGGCUGCAGGGAUAAAUCAGAGGUUUUAUCACUCUUUCAUCAGGAACCAUUGCGAGCUAUUGAUUAGACAGUGAAAUGUCCUGGACAGCUUUUGAUUUUUGUGCCUUCAGCUCCUUAAGCCUCGCUGAGCUGAACUUAGGCUGCUGGGGGCACUCCAGCACCUCUUCCCUCAUCGAUGCCUGGAGGACAAGGAUAUUUUAUCCCAUCCAUGAAAUGGCUCUGCCUUGGGUGCAAUAUUUCUCCCGAUCCAUCAAAUCCGAAGCAGACCGUAAUUAUUGAAAAUUAACAACUCUUAAAGUGUCUUGGCAAAUGGUAGCCAUUUGGAAUUCAUCACCAUUUUAAUUGGACAGGAGACAAGGAUGCUCGGCUCGCUGCAACGCUCCCCGUCUCCCACCCACGCGCGGAGGCUGCUGCAGGGUGCCCAAAGGAAAUGAGCCGUGCUGCCUGGUAAAAGCCUAUUUAAGCGAUCAGCCAUAGACUGGCUUGGAGUGUUCAGCAGUAAAACAGGUUUUCUAGAAAAUGAGAUCGCCCCUGGCACUGGUAAAUCCGUUCGGAGAGUCAGGUGGAUGUGGUGAUGUUCGGGAGGCAGUGGGUAUUCCCCUUCCUUAAUAAUUUAAAUAAUGAGAGGCUAUAAAUUAAGUAGUUCUGAAACAUGGGAGCGGAUCCUUCUCUCGUCCUAGUUCUGUACCUGGUUCAGUUUUGCUGAUUGGAUUGGUUUGAAUCCUGGGAGAGAAAGGUUGGGUAGAAUUUCUGAGAUAGCCCCGAAAUCCAAGCGUCUUCCUGGGGGUGUGGUGGUGCCCCGACCGGCUCUGCUCCAUCACAAGCCUCGUGCUUUGGCCGUGGAUGUCUCCCAUGGGCCAGGAGGUGACCAGGAGGAGGUUUUCUAUCUCGGGUGUCCCUAGCUCUUGAGGAGCACAGCCAAGAGCAUGCCCGAACCGAGGUGCUUCUCCAAACCAGGAUUGUUUUGAGGGGGGGGAAUAGAAAAUAAUUGCAGCCUCCAA